CAUGAAUGCAGCAAGUUGCACAAUGACGCGUACCGCAACUGAAUACUUUCGCUUCCUAAAACAAAACGGACUGUUAACACCGGGUGGUGGACACAAACUAAACCCCCUGGUCACGUGGAUGUUCUUUCAACCGACUUCCUAAACACAAGAGAGAGGAAUGUACGAGCCUCGUUAAUCAUUGUGACGGUUGAUUCAAUGAUAGACCGGUUCUUCUUCACUGCGGAAGGAUACAGCCGUGGCACCAAAAGAGAAGGAACUAUUCACAAAAUGCUUGACGACGAGAUCAAUUUCAGAUGUUUAUAGCGUUGCAUUGUCAAUAUGAUAACCUAGUAAACGACCUGUGGCCAUAACGCUUGAGCCAGCAGCGUGUUUCAUCGACUUCAGAGGACAGUUACCAAUUUCUGCAAUUGUCAUUGUGGCCGUUGUAUGGGUCAGAUGGAAGAGGCCAAGGCUCCGUGCCUUAGCAUCCUCACCCACCACAGGGAGCUGCUGGUGUCCCGGUUGAGGAGCAUUCAGUGCAUCCUGGACAACUUGUUGGCCUGUGGCUUCGUCUGUGAAGAGGAUGUCGAGAUCGUACAGCGAUCUGCCACCAAGACGGAUCAGGUGCGCAAAAUCUUGGAGCUAGUCCAGUGCAAAGGGGAGGAGGCCUGUGAAUACUUUAUUUACAUCAUAUAUAAAGUAUGUGACGCAUACAUAGACUUCCAGCCAUGGUUGAAAGAGAUCAACUACACCCCAAGUAGUGAUGCAAGGGCAAUGGUGGUGGUCAACACCGAUCCCAUCAGCAGAUAUUGUGAGAGGUUGAGGCAUGAGAUGAGCCGGGACACCAGCUUCAUCUUGUCAUACGGCCAGCGAGAGGAGACCCGCCUGGAGGACCUAUACACUGACACACAGAUGGAACUGCUGAAUGACCGCAAUGAAAGUUUGGGCUUCUUGGAGAGUCUAGAGCAGCUCCUCGGAGACCAUGCCGUCUUCAAUCCCCAAGGUGAAACCAUCUAUGUGAUGGGAGAUGCCGGUGUGGGAAAAUCCAUCCUCCUGCAGAAGCUCCAGAACCUCUGGUCCAAAAAGGAGCUACAGACGGACGCCAUCUUCUUCUUUAAGUUCCGCUGCAGGAUGUUGAGCGUCUUCAAGGACACCGAUCAGAUCUCCCUCAGAGACCUUUUGUUCAAAUACAACUGCUACCCAGAUCAUGAUCCAGACAAUGAGGUGUUUGACUACAUCCUGCGCUUCCCGGAGAAGGUUCUUUUCACAUUUGAUGGCUAUGACGAGAUUCAGAUGCAUGAUCUGAUGAAUGUUCCUGAGGUGGUGUCACCAGAAGUCAAGGCACACCCCGUCCAGCUGCUCAUCAGCUUGCUCUGUGGGAAACUACUCAAGGGCUCCCAGAAGGUGCUGACGGCCCGGACGGGGACCGAGAUCCAGAGCAGGGUGAUCAGAAAGAAGGUGGCUCUGCGGGGGUUCUCACCGGCUCACCUGAAGACCUACAUUGAUCUUCACUUCAAGGAGCAGGAGCACCGAGCUCUGGUGUCGGUUCAGCUGGAUGCCAGCCCCCACCUCUGUGGCCUCUGCUCCACCCCACUGUUCUGCUGGAUCGUGCUGAAGAGCUUUAGGCACCUGCACACCAUGCACGAUAGCUUUCAUCUGCCUGAGACCUGCAUCACCUUCACGGACAUCUUCCUGUUGCUGUCUGAGGUGCUCCUCAGCCGUGCAGGCUCACCUGCACCGUCUCUGCUGAAGAAAACCACUCGGUGUGUCUCCGAGACCUUCAAAGCGGGGCUCAGGCCUCUCGCGGCAUUUGCCAAACUGGCCCUUCAGGGUAUGGAGAGAGGCCGCUUCAUUUACAGUCAAGAGGAGAUCACUGAGUGUGGACUGGCAGAGGAGGACCUGACCAUGGGCUUUCUCAGACCUGUCAGUGAGUAUGAUGCCAGCGGGAGCCCUGCUACAUUUGAACUCCUCCAUAUCAUCCUCCAGUCUUUCUUGGCGGCCUUUGCUCUAGUGUUAGACGAGCAGGCUGCUGCCGGCUCCAUCCUCAAGUUCUUCACGGAGUGCAGCAGGAAAAGUGAACCCGCCUGUCGGCCUUUCGGCUUCUGCAUCUGUGGCUCCUCAAAGUCCAACGAGAAGACGCCAUUUGAAACUAAUGAACACCUCCAGUUCACUAAUCUGUUCUUGUGUGGCCUGCUGUCCAAGGCCAACGCUGGCCUGAUGGAGCACCUGGUGUCCCCGGUGUUAUUAAAGAAGAAACGGACCUUGCUGAAAUCCUACCUCUCCACCAGUGUAAAGUCACACCUCAUUGGCUUACCCCACUACGACAGUGAAGAGGGCAGGAAAGUUCACGUUUUGCCCAACUUCCUGUGGAUGCUGAGGUGCAUCUUCGAGACGGGGAGCAAAGACAUCGCUCUGAUGACGGCAAAAGGCAUCACAGCCGGCUUCAUCAAGCUGGGUUACUGCAAUGUGUUCUCAGGCGACUGCACCGCCCUGAACUUUGUACUGCAGCACCGUCGGAAGCUCCUGGGCCUCGACAUGGACAACAACAACAUCAGUGACUAUGGGGUGAAGCAGCUGAGGCCCUCCUUCAGUAAGAUGACAGUAGUGAGAUUGUGUGUCAAUCACCUGUCUGACAGCAGCAUCGAGGUUCUUGCAGAAGAGCUGUGUAAGCACAAAGUUGUGGAGGUCUUAGGACUUUACAACAAUUACAUCACAGAUGCUGGAGCCAAGCUAGUUGCUCAGAUUAUUGAGGAAUGCCCAAAGCUGCGAGUUGUCAAGAUUGGGAAAAACAAGAUCACGAGUGUUGGUGGGAGGCAUUUGGCCGGCGCAAUUCAGAGGAGCGCUUCUAUAUUUGAUGUGGGAAUGUGGGGGAACAGCAUCGGCGAUGACGGAGCGGGAGCAUUUGCGGACGCUCUGAGGCACCACCCGAGACUUACCAACCUCAGUCUCUCAGCCAAUGGCAUUACAUCGAAAGGUGGGCAGCGCCUGGCAGAAGCACUGAAGGAGAACAGCGUCCUCAGGAUAUUCUGGUUGGUGCAGAAUGGAUUGACUGACGAUGCAGCGCCACACUUUGCCGAGUUGGUCCAAGCGAACACGGGUUUAAGCCACCUCUGGUUAAUCAACAACCAGUUCACCGUGGAUGGGAUGAAACACCUCGCUACGGCCCUAACCCACAACACAGCCCUCAAAGAGAUAUGUGUGAAAGGAAACCAGCUCUCUGAGGAGGAAGAGAGGCAGUUUGUGGAAGAGAAGAGGCUGCUGUUCCACUGACUGGGCUAAAUAAUGCCCGCCUUGCAUGCAGUGUCAGCAAACCGAUACUGUAUACGCAUAUCGUUCAUUGCUGAUGAAACUUUUUUUAUUCUAAGCAAAACAGUCCGUUUCAUGUUAAUGUAGAAGAUGUUUACUGGAGAAAUCUAAACCAAAUAUGUGACAGAAAUACACAUGAACAAGAGGGAAAAGCCUUCUGUGUAAGAAAAACAAAAAACAGAAUGCCUGGAUAUUUAUGAUCAUUUAUUCAAUAGUUACAAGGAAAAGACUUCACCUGCUAUGUGAAAAUCAUCAGUAGUCAUAAACUAAUACAAAUAUAGCCUCCCAGUAUCACACACAUCAUUCACAGAUCGGUCAAGAAUAUUUCAUGUCAGCUCUCUACCUGAAGCGUUUAGUAUUUUAAUUGUUUUAAGUUAGUGAAACAACUGUAAUAAAUACCAUUUUUAAUCCCAGUGGGUUUAAUAAAAGUGCUCUACCUUUCUAA